AUGAGUUUCUACAGGCAGGUGGAGCGGCGGCAGGCUGAGCAGGAGCUGCUGCGGGAGCUCGGCCAGUUCUCCAGCAAGAUCACGGGGCUGAAGCUGGACUGUGGGCAGUGCUCAGGCCGGGUGAAGCGUGGGGAGGGCCAGGCGCUGCAGUGCCUGCAGAGCUCCUUCCAGAAGUUGUCAGUGGAGUUCGCCCUGGAGAAGCUGCAGGAGAUGAAGGCUCAGGUGUGCAGGAUGCAGAGCAGCCAGGGGCUGGCAGCCUGGACCAAGGCACGGCACAGGGACCCCCCGGUCUGCAACGCACCCGCCAGCCCCGAGCCAGCUGGGUCGGGGGGCCGGGGGGCGGCGGAGCAGCCAGAGCCCAGCGCCUGGGGACCGGGACAGCCCCAGGGGCCAGGACAGCCCUGGGCCGGCAGCGUUCCUGGCCCCGUGCUGGAUAAGCGGGCAGAAGCCACCCAGUACUUCCAGGUUUACAGCCAGAGCAGUUUCUCCUCUGAAGACUCAGACUCGCAGAACUCCACCGAAGAAGCCCCAGCAGCGAGCCUGGCUUUGCCCCAGGACCUCCAGAGUCCCAGACCACCUUGCCCCUCCGAAAAGCCCCCCCAGAUUGUUUACCUGGAGAACCACCACACCGAGAAUCCAGCUAAAGCAAAUGCCAAGGCGCCCGGAGCACUGGGAGAGCUGACGUGCUCCUUCUUGGCAGGGCCCUGCCCCAUCGAGACAUCAGGAACCAGGUCCCACUUUGCCGUGACCGACUUCCCGGAGGAGUCGGCCUGGAGCGCCGUGGUCCAGCAGCAGGACCCCAUCGCGCUCCGCCCCCCCCCCAACGCCCGCGCCGGCCGCUACAGCCUGACACUGGAGACCUCCACCGGCUACCAGGGCACCAGCUGCCACAUUGGGGACUUCAUUCUGCUCUUUAACGCCUGGCACCCAGAGGACACAGUCUUCCUCCGAGACGAGGAUGAGCGCUGCGAGUACGUGCUGUCCCAGCAGGGGCUCAUCUACCAGGGCACCCGCGACUACAUCACCUCCACCCCCUGGAACUUUGGCCAGUUCGAGGACGACAUCUUGUCCAUCUGCCUCAAGCUGCUGGACACAAACCCCAAAUUCCUGAGGGACCAGAACCGGGACUGCUCCCGCCGCAACGACCCCGUGUACAUUGGCAGGGUGGUGAGCGCCAUGGUGAAUUGUAACGACGAGGACUGGGGGGUGCUGGCAGGGCGGUGGGACAACCAUUACGAAGAUGGGAUGAGCCCAAUGGCCUGGAUCGGGAGUGUGGAUAUUCUCAAGAGGUGGAAGAAGUUUGGGUGCCAGCCAGUCAAGUACGGCCAGUGCUGGGUCUUCGCUGCUGUGGCGUGUACUGUCAUGCGGUGCCUGGGGAUCCCCAGCCGGGUGGUGACCAACUACAACUCAGCCCAUGACACCAAUGGCAACCUGGUCAUCGACCGCUACCUCAACGAGACGGGGCAGGAGGACCGGCGCUCCAGGGACAUGAUCUGGUGAGCGGCACGGUGGGACCCCAGCCUGCCCACACGACCACGUCUUGCCCCUGCGGUGGCUGAACCCCGGGCGGUGACGGUGCCUCUGCUCCCUGCAGGGGUUUUCUGCUGUGGGCCGGCCCCUGUCAGAGCCAUCAAGGAGGGUGACCUGCAGCUGAAGUAUGACAUCCCCUUCAUCUUCGCGGAGGUGAACGCCGACGUGGUGUACUGGGUAGUGCAGCGUGACGGGUCGGAGAAGAAGAGCACCCACUCCUCGGUCGUGGGGAAGAACAUCAGCACCAAGAGCGUGGGCAGGGACAGCAGGGAGGACAUCACCCACACCUACAAGUACCCCGAGGGGUCUGAGAAGGAGAGAGAAGUGUUUGCGAAGGCAGAGCACAAGAAGAGCUCUCUCAGGGAGGAGGAUGAGGGGCUGCACCUCAAGAUAAAGCUGUCGGAGGGCGCAAACAACGGCUGCGACUUCAACGUCUUCGCCGUCAUCAACAACAACACAGACACAGACCGAGUCUGCAGGCUCAUGCUGUGCGCUCGAACCGCCAGCUACAAUGGCACCAUCGGGCCCCAGUGCGGCAUGAAGGACCUGCUGAAUGUCACCCUCACGCCCCGGGCAGAGAAGAGCGUGCCCCUAUGUAUCCUGUACGAGAAGUAUGGGGAGAGUCUGACCCAGGACAACCUCAUCAAGGUGGUGGCUCUCCUGACCGAGUACCAGACCGGCGAUGUCGUCGUGGCCAUCAGGGAUGUCUACAUCCAGAAUCCAGAGAUCAAGAUCAGGGUUUUAGGGGAGCCGAUGCAGAAGCGGAAGCUGGUGGCAGAGAUCAGCCUGGUGAACCCCCUCGCAGUCCCCCUGAACAACUGCAUGUUCGUGGUGGAGGGCGCCGGCCUCACCGACGGGCAGCGGAUCAAGGAGCUGGAGGAGCCCGUGGAGCCACAGGCAGAGGCCAAGUUCAGGCUGGAUUUCGUGCCGCACCAGGCGGGGCUGCGCAAGCUGAUGGUGGACUUCGAGAGCGACAAGCUGACUGGGGUGAAGGGCUACCGCAACGUCAUCAUCGCGCCCCAGCCUAAGUGAGCAGCCACCACGGCCCCCCCUGCCACUGAGAACCUGCUUCCCCUCCCACUUGGGGGCUCGCCUGCCCCCGACUCACUUUAGCCCAAAGACAGUCCCAGCAGCACGUGGAAGGACAACUGCCGAAGCCCAGCCUGACCCCCAUGCAGUGGCUGCGGUGCCACGCUCCUCCCCGGGAGCGCUCAGUGCUGCGGGGAGAGAAGCGACGGGAGCAGGGGCAGGAGGGGGGCGUGCAGGGGCUCCCUGUGGCAGCUGCUCGCUUUGCCACCUUUCCCUCACCCUGCAGGGUGGAAACGUCCCCGCGUCCUGCCUGUCCCCCAGCCUGGGUGCAGCAGGAACCCCCAGAGCCCCCCGAGCCCAGCACAGCUGGGCAGCGGCUAGCCCCCUCCUCUUUCUGCAGCACUGACAGCCCUGGGAAGCAGAGCAGAUUUCAUAAACCAAAGAGCAGAACAACCUUCUCCAGCACUGACUGCACCUCAGCCAUGCUCACGCGUGCCAUUACAAUUCUCUGAACGCAAUUCAGUAGAGGAAAGAUUGUAUACUGUGAGCACAAAGCUGUUUAUAUGCUAUAUACAUAUAUAACAAAUCUACUUGUAUCUAUAUAAAUACAUACUGCAUAUAACCCUACUGCAUGGAUAAAGCAGGGUAUUCGCUAUAAUGACUGUUCCUGUCACGGCAAACACUGUGCAAUGAGGGAUGGAACGUUACCUUGACAUGAAUUAACUAUGCAAGCACCAAAUAAAAACUCUAUUUUUCACUUUUAAAG